AUGUCUAUACCAACAAAAAUAACAACUACUACUGCAACAGCAGCACCAGUGUUGUUAGAGAGAGAGAUGAAUGAAUGGUUCACCUCUUUGCAAUGCCAUACUCAAGAGUGUUCACAAUGUAGUACUACAGCUAUCAAAUCGUCAUCAUUAACAACACUUUCAUCAACAUCAUCAAUCCACAUCCACAUCUAUCAUCACUACUCAAAUCAAUCAAAAAAUUGUUUUCUUACUUUCACUAAGAAAAUUUCCUUUAAUGGAAUCAAAUUAAAUCAUUGA